CCAGGGAUCCCGCUGGACCCUCCCCCGCAAGCCUUUCUCCUUGAGGUUGCCCCUCUCCUCUCAUACGCCCUUCCUUGGCAGUCUUUGAGGAGUUGCUAAGUCUCAUUAAAUGAAGCUCCGUCUCAGGACUUCUGGAUUCGAUUCCUUUGUUUUCAUAGCACAUGAAGAAAUGCCAAAGCUUUGCCACCUUCUCACAGAUCUCUUGAUUUCUCUUGAGACAUUGGAUGUGAGGCAGAAGGUACAGAAAGAAAACCUGUAAAUGCCAAGCUGCCGCAGCAUGGACAGUCGGGCCGGCCUGGCAGCCACGCCCAGAGCGCUGCCUUACUACGUGGCUUUCUCCCAGCUGCUGGGCCUGACUGUGGUGGCCACGACGGGGGCUUGGCUCGGUCUGUACAGGGGCGGCAUCGCCUGGGAGGGCGCCCUGCAGUUUAACGUGCACCCGCUCUCCAUGGUCAUAGGCCUGAUCUUCCUGCAGGGAGACGCCUUGCUGGUUUACCGGGUCUUCAGGAAUGAGACCAAACGCACAACCAAGGUCCUGCAUGGGCUGCUGCACGUCUUCGCACUCGUCAUCGCCUUGGUGGGCGUGGUGGCGGUGUUCGACUACCACCGGAAGAAGGGCUACGCGGACCUGUACAGCCUGCACAGCUGGUGUGGCCUCCUCGUGUUGGUUCUCUACUUCGUGCAGUGGCUCGUGGGCUUGAGCUUCUUCCUGUUCCCCGGAGCUUCGUUUUCCCUGCGGAGCCGCUACCGCCCGCAGCACGUCUUCUUCGGCGCCGCCAUCUUCCUCCUGUCCGUGGGCACCGCCCUGCUGGGCCUGAAGGAGGCGCUGCUGUUCAAACUUGGGGCCAAGUACAGCACGUUUGAGGCUGAGGGUGUCCUGGCCAACGUGCUGGGCUUGCUGCUGGUCGGCUUCGGGGUCACCGUGCUCUACAUCUUGACUCGCUCUGACUGGAAGCGGCCACCCCAGGCGGAGGAACAAGCCCUCUCCAUGGACUUCAAGACGCUGACAGAAGGCGACAGCCCCGGCUCCCAGUGACGGCCUGUCCCGCACGGAGGGCCCGGCUGUGGCUGGCUGCCGCAGCUCGGGGUGGGGGGGUUGAGUAGGCGACUUUCCCACGCUCUGUCGCGGCUCUGCUGGCUCGGUGGCUCCGGGGGAGGGCUGGCCAGUGCGGCGGGCGCGUGGGGGCAGCGCCCCGUUGUGGGCUGUAGGGCUUGGCUUCCUCUGCUUUCCCUCCGUGUUGCUGCUUUAGAGUCCCGUUAGUCACGCGCGGACCCGGCCCUGUUGUCACCGUCACCCCCUCCACUCGAGCCGCUUCGGGCAGGGUUUUGGGUGGUCAGUCCGGGCUACAGAAGCACAGAUCCUUCAAGAAGACGCAGAGUGGCUCUCCUCUUGAGGAGCGGAUGCUGGGCCGAGUCCAGGGGCUGCCAAGAGCACAAAGCUGUGGGAGAAACUGGGGCUUAGUGACAGGCCUGGCAAGGCCGAGACUUGCUUUGUGUAACGCUGAAUUCAGACCAGAGUCCCGUCCGUCUGAAUGACACGUGGUGAGAAUGGCCCCGACUUUGGCAGCGGAGCAGGUGAUACUAUGUAUAAACUAUGCUGGUGUCCAGAGCGAGGGUCCCCUGGAGAGGGGAGGGGCGGGCCCCUGGGAAGCUGUGGAGAUGUGGCUUCGGCCCAGCCGCGCGCUCAGCCUCCUCCUCUCCGGGCCUCAGCCCCAGGGCGGCUCUGCCGGGAGAGGGCCAGGGCCCCGGCUGGAGACAAACUGUCCUUGGCGGCUGAGGGCCACCGAGAGAGGAGGCCGAGAUGGCCCGCGGGCUGGCGCUGGGGCUCGGCUCGGCAGGCUCCCCGCCCUCAGCAGCCGGCUUAGGCGCUGCUCUCGCUCUGACCUCAGGCCCGGGGCU